AUGGAAUCAAAUAAUGAUGAUUCUUCAUUACCCAAAGUGAUGCUUGAUAGUAUCCAGGAUUACAGCUAUGUAAAGUCUGUUUUUCGCCAUGCUAUACAAAAAAGUCUUGAAAUUCAUUUGCCUGAACAAGCAUCCCGAGAGACUGGAAAGGGAAAAGAAGAUCACCUUAGAGUUCGGGUGAAAGAAAUGCUCAACGAACUGAUUGAAUCCACGUUCACGACCGUCCAAGAUAAUAUCACAAUUAAUGGAUUUGAUGCAAAGUCAGCACUUCAAGAUCCCCAAAGCUCGGAUCAAAUCGAACCUUUUGAUCUUGCUCUUCGUUCACGGGUUCAACAAUUAUUUAAUGAUGUGGAAGAUGCCCAAGUCCGAGUCGCCAAAUACAGGAAAUACGUACCUGUUCAGUAUGAAUCAGCAUUUUCAAAAUCUUUAAAUGAGCAGUUAGCUGCACUGGAAAAGUUUAAAAAUAAUCCGGCAGCUGAGGAUGAACAUCCUGCAAGUGAUGCACUGCAAAAUGAUGGACCGCCUAUUGACAUUGAUAGGUAUGAACAAACUAUAGCUAAAAUUGCUUUUUUGAAGAAAAGUAUUCCAAAGGUGACUGCCCAGUUGGAAAAAGCCAUAUAG